UAUGUUGGUUAUUGAUGGAAUGUAUGAUUAUAAAAAAGCUAAAAAUCGUCAAUUGCUAAAAGAGGUAAUAGAUCAAGCUAGAGCUUAUGGAAAUAUGGAUAAAUCCUAUCAGAUAUCUUGGAUAAGAAAUUGCACUAACUUUGAAAAUAUCAGCGAAUUCAUUGAGCGAAAUCCAUCGUUUGAACAAGAUAUAGCUUGGAAGGAUGAUAGGAUAAUUGCGUCAAGAUUCUAUGUCAGAUCCAGAUGGGUAUCAACUGCAGAUGAGGAAGGGGAUCUUAUGAAAUUUAUGCGAGAUACCGUUAUGAAUGACACUAAUGGGAAUAAAUUGAUAGCGUUCAGUCCUCAAUUUGUCUACUUCGAACACUAUGUUUCCAUUGUCAAGAAUACAUUGUUAUCCGUCACCGUCUGCAUAAUAGGAAUGCUUUUCGUUGCUAUUAUGUUCAUCCCACAUCCAAUUUCCAUUACGUGUGUUGCCUUAUCUAUGCUAUCCAUAGUAAUCGGUAUGUUUGGUCUGAUGCAUUUGUGGAAUGUUGCUCUUUCAUCAAUAACCACUGUCCAAGUUAUCUUAUCGGUCGGCUUAUGUGUCGAUUUCACCGUCCAUAUCAGCCAUGCUUUUAUGGCUGCAACUGGAAAGAAUCGAAAUGAAAGGGUCAGCACAGCUUUAAAUAAAGUUGGCGUACCAAUUCUAAACGGAGCUCUAUCGUCUAUUCUUGGUAUUAUAAUGCUAGCUAGUGCUCAUUCUUACAUAUUCGUCUCCUUCUUUAAGACGAUGCUCUUAGUAAUUGUUCUCGGUCUAUUCCAUAGCCUGCUGGUUCUACCCGUACUGCUUUCCUUCAUCGGUCCUAGAAGAACAAGCAAACCGAGAGUAUACAUACCAAUAUCUCCUAGCUCUAGAAGCAUCCAACCAAUGGAAGCUCCUAGAAGACCUUCAAGUUUGAGAUGCUCAAAUAAUCAGAGGAUUUAUAAACAAGACAGCAGAGAGGAUCAGGAACGUAUAUCGCAAUUCAUAAAUAAAUUUAAUCAAAAAACAAACACAUCAUUAUCAAAAGAAUAUUAUUAUUUAUCAUUAAAUUUAGCUAAUUGA